GGUCAGUAAGGGACUUUUCUUUGGACGUGGACCAACAUAAACAGAAUACUGGUGUGAUAAAAUUUUGUAUUGGAAUAAUGUGAGUUGAUUCUGUUUUCCUAAAAUACUGUAACCUUCAACUGUCACUCUUAACAGUCUCUAACUGAUUUUCCCGCCAUCUUGGAAAAUAACAAACAACCUUUCAAGAAACCAAACAAUAUAAAUAGCGAUUUUCUUAAUUCUUUGAACACAGUAACACCUUUUCAUGCCUUCAUUCAAACGAUACAAACUCUUGUUCUCUCUCUUUCUUUCUAGAAUCCAUGGCGUUGGAGCGAGUAAUGACUAUGGUAUUGAGUUUUAGAAAAAAAAGGACUAUGGUAUUGGUGAGUCUGCUGGUUUUAAUGGCGAUGUUACUACCUCUCGUAAUUUCUUCAAGAAAAUUCUCAACACUUCAUCCCGUUCGUCCACCGCGUGGAAAGAUCUACCAAGGAUAUAAGAUUCCCAUUUUCGCCAACAGACUUCGUUCUCUUGAAAAUCGUUGUGACAAGUACCCUUACUUUGACUUUCCAUUUUGUCCCCCAGCAGAAUCACAAAUCGAGAAGAUAAGUUCAUUCGAAGAGCUUUUAGCCGGGGAUUGCUUCAUUCUUACGCAGUAUGAGUUGCAAUUUCGAAAGAACAUUGAUACAAAAACACUAUGUGAGAAGACUUUGACAGAGGAUGAAGCAAUGAAAUUUAGGAGUGCUAUCGAAAGAAAUCUUAUGUACGAGAUGAGCUACAACAAACAUCUUUUCCGGGGUAUGGUGGGAAAGAUUGUGUAUGAGGAAAAUGGGAAAAAACUCACAACCCCAAAGUAUUUUCUUGUUACACACAUUCAUUUCUAUGUUAAGUACUGGAGGACCCAUGUUAAAGACAUUAGUGUUUUGAGCAAUUAUAGCUCUUCUGUGGACAUAGCUGAACUUGCUGCAAAUAAAGUCAAGUUUACCUAUUCUGUCCGCUGGGUUGAAGAACCCGAAAAUCUUGGUCAGUCCUCGGGUGACACUUUAUUUGAUGAGGAGCUUAUGAGGGUUAGAGAAGCUGGUGGUCUGUGGAAUUCGAAAGUGUUGUAUUGGGGAAUUGUCACUCUUGUUUGGGUUGGGCUAAUCCUCACAGUGACUGUGCCAUACUUGAUCAAUUACUUGGAUCGGUAUGAUCACUUGUACUGCAGGUUCUGUUCCAGAGAUCAAGACCAUUCAGAUUGCCGAGUUAAUAAUCAGCAUCCCGUCCAUGGUGAUAACUGCAAAUGUCCUCCUUACACAUCACUACUCGGUGCUGUUCUUGGGAAUGGAAUUCACCUGCUUGCUAUGGUCUGUAUCUUCUUCAUUUUGGCAUACAGGGGUUCCUUGAAUUUUUGCAAUUUCAAAUCACUUUCUUCUCAAAUAAUGAGAACAUAUUGUUUUACCUCUUUCAUUCUGGGGUAUAAGGCUACUUCAUUUCAUUCUAGAUUCACAUCAAUUGGUUGGAAUGAAUGUAUUUUGCAAGCUGGAACUCUAUUCUUUAUUCCAGCAAUCUCAACAGUUUUGAUUGCAUACGGCUUAGUGAUAAUGGAGUUUGGGAUAUCCGAAGUAGCAGAAUUGGGUGGUAUCUUUCAAAACAUAGUCGAUUGGGGACUUGUCACAAGCGUUGUGGUUAUUCUAACUGGUAUCAUUGCUCGGCAUUAUUUCCAGCCAGAAUCUCAACCAAUAUGUCCCACGAGAAAUUUACAAAGAGAGACUCGUCAGCAGCCUUGGUACACCAAGACAGAGUUUCAGUUCCUGUUUGGUGGCCUAGUGCCAUUCAUUGUAAUUUUACCAAAGAUGGACAACAUCUUUGCAAGCUUGUGGAAUUUCAAGAUUUGCAACACGUUUCAACCUUUGAUUACUUCAUUCAUUACGCUUGUCAUAACCAAUGUGUUCCUGGCAAUUGGUUUCACUGCUAGGCAGAUAUCCUGGAAUGAUCAUCACUGGUGGUGGAGAUCUGUAUUACGUGGGGGAGCACCAGCCAUUUUCAUGUUCUGUUAUGGCAUCUACUUCUUCUCAAGGAUAAACAUGGAUGAAUCAUUGAUGCUACGUAUUUUGGGAUACCAUGUUUGUAUGUCCUAUGCUUUGUUCCUUAUACUGGGAACCAUAAGCUACUAUGCUUCAGCUUUUGGCUUUUAUUGCACCUUCCACCAACAGAAGCAUGAGUAGUCUCCUCAAAUACAAUAUUGUUCUAUAAUAAUUGACACUGAAAUGUAGUUUUUUUUUUCUCAAUAUUGUUUCUAUAAGUCAAUACGUUGUAAUGUAGAUAAUUGAAAAUAUGCAUAUAAAAUGGCAGGUGUACUUUUUAGUCAA